GACAGGCUUUUAACGCUGAGGCUUUACAACUAAGAAAAUUGGUCAUGUGUUUCGCCGAAUUUGAGAAUAUUUCCUUCGCCACCAGAUAUAUCCAAGAGUUCAAUGGGACGUCUAUUCAAAACAUUACUAAAUGCGGAAUUUGGUUGAGCUUUUCCAAAAAGCCUCUUGGCGUGCGCUCCGGCCCAGCCGAAGAAGUCAUUUCUUCUCGUGUAAGUCUUAAUGGUGGUAAUCGACAGUCAGAUGGGGAUUCAUACAUAGCAGUGAAUACGCAGGGUUCUAUAGGCGCUGGAACACUAGGCGGAGGUCAACAUGGACAUGGAGUUGUUGCAUUUAGGCCUACGUUCCCAACAAUGGGAACUGGCGCAACCUGUGACUAUUCACCUGCAUACAUGUAUGGGAAGUGAUCUUGUGGAGCUUUUGGAUAAGAGACAGCUUUUACGGCCACAUCUAAGCAACAGACUUCA